AUGGUUCAAGUAAAAAUCGUUCUUGUUGGCGAAGCUGGUGUUGGCAAGACAUGCAUUUGCGAACGCUUAAUUAGCGAUUCUUAUUCAAUGCAAACAGCUCCAACAAUUGGUGCAGCAAAUUACUCCUUUACAAUGAAAACAGAUAAGCAAACAUUAGAAUUUAACAUAUGGGAUACUGCAGGCCAAGAAAAAUAUAGAAGUUUAGCACCAAUGUACUUUGCAGGCGCUCAAGUCGCAAUUUUGGUUUUCGAUCUUACACAGCCACAUACUCUUCAGGGCUUAGAUGAUUUCUUUGAACUCCUCCGUAGCCGUGCUCCCGAUUGCAUUCAUUGCCUUGUUGGCAACAAGUGUGAUAAACCUAAUGAGCGCCAGGUUUCAGACGAAGAAGCUCUUGCCUAUGCCGGCAAAAUAGGUGCUAUCUUCUACAUGGAAACAUCAGCAGUUACCGGCCAAGGUAUUAAAGAUCUUUUUGAACAAAUCGCUAAUUCAAAUUCAAUUCCAAUUCAUGAGGAUGAAUUAGAUUUCGUUCAGACUGAUUCAACACCUGCCAAGAAAGGUUGCUGCUAA